AUGGCUGCUUCAAAGUAUCCUGCGCUCAUGAAGCCGCUGGAUCUUGGCUUCACCUCCAUCAAGAACCGUGUCCUCAUGGGCAGCAUGCACACGGGGCUUGAGAGGUACGCAAAAUCUGCUUUCGGGCUGCGAGAGAUGGCAGCUUUCUUUGAAGCUCGUGCCAAGGGUGGAGUUGGUCUCAUGGUGACUGGUGGCGUGGCCCCCAACCGCACGGGGCGCGUCUCUCCAUUUGCUUCCAAGCUGACCUAUAGCUGGGAGGCCAAACGUCAUCGCAUCGUGACCGACGCUGUUCACGAGCACGGCUCAAAAAUUGCCAUGCAGAUCUUGCAUUCGGGCCGCUAUGCCUAUCAUCCAUUUCCCGUGGCACCGAGCAAGAUCAAGUCCCCCAUCUCUUUUUUUACCCCACGUGCUCUCUCCGAGGCGGGCAUCGAGUCGACCAUUGAUGAUUACUGCCGGUGUGCUGAGCUUGCACGUGAAGCAGGCUACGAUGGUGUUGAAGUCAUGGGCAGCGAAGGUUAUCUGAUCAAUCAAUUCAUCGUCGGGCGCACAAACAAGCGCACGGAUGGCUGGGGCGGCUCGUAUGAGAAUCGGAUUCGCUUCCCAGUGGAGAUUGUGCGUCGCAUGCGCGAACGCGUCGGCAAGGACUUUAUCAUCAUUUUCCGCUUGAGCAUGCUCGACCUGGUCGAGAACGGCAGCACCUGGGACGAGAUUGUUCUGCUGGCCAUGGAGCUUGAGAAAGCAGGUGUCACCAUCUUGAACACGGGUAUCGGCUGGCACGAAGCUCGCGUGCCCACCAUCGCCACCAUGGUCCCCCGUGGUGCCUAUUCCUGGGUGACAGAGCGCAUGAAGAAAGAAGUUUCAGUUCCUCUAGUCACCGUCAAUCGCAUCAACACGCCUGCUGUCGCUGAAGAUAUUCUUGCCUCUGGUCAGGCCGACAUGGUUUCGAUGGCUCGUCCCCUGCUGGCUGAUCCAGACUUCGUGGUCAAGGCAGCAUCUGGCCGCGACACCGAGAUCAACACUUGCAUUGCAUGCAAUCAGGCGUGUCUGGAUCACACUUUCCAAGCCAAGCGCGCCUCAUGUCUUGUUAACCCCAUGGCGGGAUACGAGCUCAAGUACAAGGACCUCAUGAAGCCAACGACAAGCCCAAAGAAGGUAGCCGUUGUUGGUGGCGGUCCAGCGGGCAUGUCGUGUGCCAUGUAUGCCGCACAACGUGGACACAAAGUGACGCUCUAUGAAGCUGGAGAAAAGCUGGGUGGUCAGCUGCAUAUGGCAGCCAGCGUUCCAGGCAAGGAGGAGUUUUGGGAGACGCUGCGCUAUUUUUCCACCAUGCUGGCCAAGCAUGGCGUUGAUGUGCGCUGCAAUACCACUGCUCAAGCUGAAGACUUGCACGGCUCUUUCGAUGAAGUCGUCGUGGCAACUGGCGUCCUCCCGCGUCAAACCGCUCACUCUUGGCCUAUUGGGCUGUCAGGUGUUGAUCAUCCGAAGGUCCUGAGUUACAUUGAUGUUCUCCGUCACAAGAAGCCUGUGGGCCAGCGCGUGGCCAUCAUUGGUGCCGGUGGCAUUGGCUUUGAUGUGGCGGACUAUCUUUCUCACGGCACCAACGAUCCAAGCCUCAACGUUGAUGCUUUCUUGCAAGAGUGGGGUAUCGAUAAGAGCCUCAAGCAUCGUGGUGGUUUGCAGGGUGAGGAGCAUCAAACUUCAGGCCGCCAAAUCUACCUUCUGCAGCGCAAGGACUCAAAGGUGGGCAAGGGCCUGGGUAAGACGACCGGGUGGAUUCAUCGCCUCACACUUCAGAAGCGAGGUGUUGAAUUUAUUGCUGGCUGCUCAUAUGACAAGAUCGAUGACACGGGCCUGACCAUCACCGUCAAAGAUAAGAAGCGCACACUUGAGGUCGACACCGUGGUUGUAUGUGCGGGGCAAACCUCUCUCAAGGCGCUUGAGGAACAGCUCAAGGAACUCGGCACCUCAACCCAUUUGAUCGGCGGUUCGAAAUUGGCAGGUGAGUUGGAUGCCAAGCGAGCCAUCAAAGAGGGCAUGCUCCUGGCCGGGUCGUUUUAA